GCGCCGGUGGAGCACGCCAAUCUUUAAGUUUAGAUAAGACGCACACAUGCCAUGAGUCGGACUUGAGCCUGCAAAAAAAGCCGGGGGGGAAAACAACAACAAGCCGGAGCAGCCGGAGCAGCAGCAGCAGCAGCAGCAGCAGCAGCACCAGCAGCGGCCGCGAGAGAGAUCCGAUGAGAGGAAAGGCUGAGAAAGAGUGAGCUGCUGCGGUGGAUUGUCCAAAGGGGCAGCGUUCCUCCAGUUCCGGUUUGAUCUGUCUGCCUGUGUGUGCGCGCCGUGUGCGAGUUGGGACCCCAAACAAAAGGCUGCCAUCACCCUCACGGAGAUCUUUCACGGCCGUGUGAGCGAAAGAGAGAAAGAGGGAAAGAGAGAGCGAGAGAGAGAGGCGCACCGCUGGAUGCAAAAACAAACAUGAGCUCCUAUUUUGUCAAUCCUCUUUUCUCCAAGUACAAAGGCGGCGAGUCCCUGGAGCCAACUUACUACGACUGCAGGUUCCCACAGAGCGUCGCCCGCAGCCACACGCUGGUCUACGGACCCGGAGCGACCGCGCCGGGCUUCCAGCACCCGUCCCACCAUGUGCAGGACUUUUUCCACCACGGCACCACGGGCAUCUCCAACCCGGGAUACCAGCAGAACCCGUGCGCCCUGGCGUGCCACGGCGACGCGGGCAAAUUUUACGGAUACGAAGCGCUGCCGAGGCAAACGCUUUACGGCAGCCAGCAAGAGGCGAGCCUCGCGCAGUACCCGGACUGUAAAUCGUCGGCAGGCUCGAACCCUGGAGAAGGACAAGGCCACUUGAAUCAAAGCUCCUCUCCCAGCCUUAUGUUCCCAUGGAUGAGACCCCACGCCCCAGGGCGGCGCAACGGCAGGCAAACCUACAGCCGCUACCAGACUCUGGAACUGGAGAAGGAGUUCCUCUUCAACCCUUACCUGACCCGCAAGAGGAGGAUCGAGGUGUCGCACGCCCUGAGCCUGACCGAGCGACAGGUGAAGAUCUGGUUCCAGAACCGGCGGAUGAAGUGGAAAAAGGAGAACAACAAGGACAAGUUUCCGGGUCAGAGGGGAGAGGCCGAGGCCGAGGAGGAGGGCAACGAGGACGGUGAAGGGGAAGAGGGGGAAGAGAAGGAAACGGAAGAGAGAGAGGAGACCAAGGAGUGAUUUUAUGGUCCUUUUUAUGGUUAUAUGGCUGAAAAAGAGAAAGAAAAAAAACGAGAGAAAGGUCUCAUCGCAAGCGCGUCAUCUUUAUGACCACCCUUUCAUUUUGUCAAGUGGGAACAGGAAUCCCAGCAAUAUUCCUGUCAUCAAUAGGCACAUUACUCCUUGGUCAGCCAAAAGGGAAUGCUCAUUUUCUUUAAAAAAAAAAAAAAAAAAAAGUAAAAAGU